CGAACAGAUGUAAACAUGGCAGCUCCUGUAACAGCCGAGGUGACACACGUGAUAUUCGAUGUGGAUGGACUAAUUUUAGAUACAGAACGCCUUUAUACAGUCAUCACAGACAAGAUCGUAGGAGAAUAUGGCAAAACAUUCACAUGGGAGGUCAAGUCGAAGCAGAUGGGCAAGAAGGAUGUGGAGGCUGCAAAGAUUCUCAUCGAUGAACUACAGCUACCAAUGACAGUAGAGGAAUACCUGGUAAAGGCGAGGGAACAGCAGAAUAUUCUGUUUCCUGGUGUGGAUCUCCUUCCAGGGGCAGAAAAAUUAAUACGACAUCUCCACAAACAUCGGGUUCCUAUCGCUGUGGCAACAGGAUCUAGUAAAAGGAGCAUUGGGCUGAAGACAACCAAUCACCAAGAUCUCUUUAAUCUGUUCCUUCAUUUUGUAUACAGCAGUGAUGAUCCAGAUGUAAAACAUGGUAAACCGGCUCCAGACUGCUUUUUAGUCGCAGCCAGUCGAUUUCCAGAUAAUCCUGAUCCUAGCAAGUGCUUGGUAUUCGAAGAUGCCGUAAAUGGUGUAGUGGCAGCUCAUACAGCAGGAAUGCAGUGUGUUUGGGUACCGGACCCAAAACAACCUCAGGACGGAUAUAGGGAGAAAGCCACACUCACCCUGGAAUCCCUCCUUCAGUUUAAACCAGAACAGUUUGGACUACCACCUUAUGAUGUGUGAUAUCUGUUGAUUUUAGCCAAUUAACCUAACUAUGUAUGCAAUUAUGUGAUUUUAAACCUGUCCAUUUAAUUCAGUAUACAUAUAUUUCAUGACAAUUGGAAAAAUUAUUAAAUUGAAUCAAGUUAUAUCUGUACUUCAAUUUUUUUGUAAUAGUGCAAAUCAUAUAAACUUAAGUUAAUUUGAAA